GGGAUGCCAAACUCCUACAUAACCGGAAGAAGAAAGGCCACUGCCAAGGUCACUUCCAGUUCUUUGAGGAGAAAGCAAUGCUCACUCCCAUUUACAGCUUUACACAUCAGGUGAGCCUGACUCAAAAGCCCAGGCUCUCCAUGACUGACUAUGCGGUAUUGCCCAGUGUGUCUUGUUCAGUGUAACCUCAGGACUUAGAACAGCACCUGGCAUGCGCUCUCAGCUGGUUACUCUGAUGGCCUCACGGUCCUGCCUGAAACAGAAACUCCACCACCUACUUUUGUAGCACCAAGACUUCUGUUCUGUGGCUAAGCUUCCUGCCUAUGCAAUAGCGGCAGGGAGGGGCCCAAGUACAUUCCACUGGGGCCACGCCUACUGGCAAAGAUAUAAAUAGUGACUCUCAGGACUGGCCAUCAGAGCUACCCUGCCUUCACCAUGAAGUCCAGCGGCCUCUUACCUCUCACGGUGCUCCUUGCUCUGGGGAUCCUGGCACCCUGGACUGUGGAAGGAGGCAAAAAUGAUGCUAUCAAAAUUGGAGCCUGCCCUGCUAAAAAGCCUGCCCAGUGCCUUAAGUAUGAGAAACCACAGUGCAAUUCGGACUGGGAAUGCUCAGGAAAGCAGAGGUGCUGCCAAGACACUUGCGGUGUCAGGUGCAUGAAUCCUGUGCCCAUUCGCAAACCAGUGAGGAGGAAGCCUGGGAGGUGCCUCAAAUUCCAAGGAAAAUGUCUGAUGCUUAACCCUAUCAAUAACUGCCAGAGGGACAGUCAGUGUGACGGCAGAUACAAGUGUUGUGAGGGCAUGUGUGGGAAAGUCUGCCUUCCCCCAGUGUGAGCCUGAUUCCUGACAUUUGGCAACAGCUCUGGACUUGUGCUCUGUGUGGUCUGGAAACUACUUCCCCGCUCCUGGUUCCCAGCCUCCCAGGAUCUCUGGCUUGGAUCCUGUGGACCAAGUCUACUUCUGCCAUUAACAUCUCUUUCUGGCUCAUGCUUAGCAUUCACCAAGCUUUAAGGAAGUGCUGUUGGAGAUCAAAUAAAUAAACCCACUUAUUUCUCUAUGCA